CUUCAUUCGAGAGAGGGCAGGGCACAAUGACCUCCAGGCUCAAGCACAAGCUCGAGCUCGACCAGGUGAACCUCAACAGCGCAUAUCUCAACGAGUCCUUUGUCCAGGUCGGGACGCCUCUGCCCGCUUUGGCGAAUACCAAGAAGGACAAGCUUGAAUAUGUCCCAGAGUGGAAGCAGGAAGUCACCGAUGAGCAAGGGAGGCGGAGGUUUCAUGGCGCGUUCACUGGAGGCUACUCUGCCGGCUACUACAACACUGUAGGGUCGAAAGAAGGAUGGGCACCGUCGACAUUCAAAUCCAGCCGAACUAAUCGCGCCAACAAAGUCCAGCGUCCCGAGGACUUUAUGGACGACGAAGACAUUCAACAAAUGAAAGAAGAUCGACGUUUAGAGAAUACCGAAACCUUCAAGGAUGAAGGAUUUGCAGGCCAGAGAGAACCACUGGCAGACAGAAACUUGCCAUCAGCUCUUGAAUCACUCAUCGCCCCCGCCCAAUCCUCAAUAGGCCAACAGCUUCUCCAGAAACUCGGCUGGAGACCGGGUCAAGGCAUCGGCCCUCGGGUCACUCUUCGCAGGCUGCGUAUACAAGAAGGCAAGCUUGGCAAGUCUCGCUUGGGUACGACAAACGAGAACGAGCCGAUGGACGAGGAGGUCGCUGGGAAACACACUUUUGCACCAAGAGAUGUGAGACUGCUGGUGUAUGAAGGCAAGGGCGACAAGAUGGGCCUUGGGUAUGAGAAAGGAAGGGGCUUGAACAGACUGCGUAAGUCGGAUUUCAUGCACGAUGAACCCCAGUUGACUUUCACAGCGUCAGCGGCUGGGCCGAGAUUCAUGAAUGAAGACGACGACGACCCAUACUCUGCUGGGCCCUCCGGCAGUCACUAUGCGUUUGACAAUCACGAACAGCCAGAAGACGAGAUAAUCACUCUCGGCCCGAAAGCUGGUUUGGGUUCGAGUACCUCUCGCCCUUCUUCGACCUCAGUAUCGCAUGACACAUGGCACGACGGCCGCCCUAUCUUGCCUCGGUUCGUGCUCGACCCCAAAGGCGUGCCACAGGAUACUUGGUUUCCGAUGCCAGAAAUACCUGCGGACUGGAGACCAAGGCCUGCGAGAGUGUGGGGCACGACGAGAAAGUGGGAUGAACAGCCGGGUGAGAAAAAGAUGGUGAAACCCUCUAUACGCGGUGAACCCGGGAGACCUUUGAGGCAUGAUCAGCGAGGCGCUGCACUUGGCGAAGAGACACGCAUAUCUCAAGCCCAGUCCGUCUUUGAAUGGAUCAACCAAAAAGACAAAGAACGUCUCGCCUCCCUCGCUUCACAAGCCCCGCCACCACCCCCACUUUCUCUUCAGCCGCAAGACGAAGACCCUUCUGCACCUCGUGCUCCAGCAACCUCGGUAGAGAUCCCACCGUUAUCGCCUCGUACAGCGUCGGCCGCUCUCAAGGGCUACGUGCCAUAUGGCGACGAUGUGCAGAAGCAGGAGCGGUACAAGAGCUAUCUUUUCUCCCAGACGUACAACACCAAACAACCGAAUCCUACGCUACUGCCUUCGGGAAGUAUGGACGAUAUCAACGCCGAACUGCAAUCUUUUGCCGAAAGUGCGAGGAUCUUCAAGCCCAUGCCUUUUGCCAUGUCUUCGCGAUUCACUGCUGGUUCCUCUUCGCUGGCAGCGUCCGACCUAAAGCAGGCCAAACCAGGCCUCCAUAUAUUCGACGCGGAAAAGGCGAAAGCGGCUAUCGAAGCGGCCAAAGCCGAGGAACCGGCGGUGGAGCAAAAGAUCCUGACUCCUCGAGAGCAAGCGGCGAAAGAUGGCAAUUGGGGCAGAGCGACGAGAGAGUCAAAAGUCUGGUAUCCCGUCAAACUUGUCUGUAAGCGAUUCGGCGUGGCAGAUCCACAUCCAGAAGGGCCGCCCGCCGAACAAGCUGCAGGCGCCUCGUCGGGGAAGGGUACGGGAAUGGAAGGAAUGCCUCUGCCGUCGAACGAUGCCAGUUGGGAAUCCAAAUUCAUCCACAAACCUACUUCACCCUCUUCCUCUCAAAAAGCACCCCCUCAAGGUCAGGUUCAGGCGGGAGGCGAGCGCCAACCGACAAACAUCUCCGAAGUGGGCAUGGCGGAUGAUAUCAAUCAAGGCCGAGAUACCUUGACGUAUGAGAAGCCGAGCAUUGAUAUCUUCAAGGCCAUUUUUGCCGAUGAUGAGGAUGAUGACGAGGACGAGGACGAGAAUGGGGAAGUGGACAAGAUAGAGACGGAGGUACCGGCGGGGAGGGAGCUUUAUCAAGAUCCUUUCCCUCCGCCCAAAGCGCCUUCACCGAGAGAAGAGAAGCCGGUGGACCUGGCUACGUUCAAACCCGUCUUCAGUCGCAAACGAGAUAGAGAUAGGGACGACGAGGGCAGCAAGGAAGAUAGAAAGAAGGACAAGAAAGACAGGAAGAAUAAGAAAAGGAAGAGCCAGGGUGUAUUGUCGUUCGAUGUGGGGGAAGACGGAGAGGAGGACGAGCCAAGGGAAAGAGAUAUGGAGAAGAAGAAGAAGAAACCUCUGAGAGAAGAAAAGAGGGGGAGGGAUAGAGAGGACGAAGAGUCAAGAGAAAAGAUAGAGGGAGAUGGGUCUGUGGAAGAUACACAUAAGAAGAAGAAGGACGAUGUUGAGGGAUAUGACGAAGGAGACUGGAUAGAGAAACCUGCCAUCGUGCCUCGCCUUGCCGGGAGGAAGGGGGCAGCAGACUUCAUGUAG